AUGAUCCUGGGCACCUUGUGUCUCCUGUGCUCCUUCAAGAAGGGGAAUGACUACAUCCUCAAACCUGCCGGAAUGUUCUUCGCUUUCGCAGGUAAGACCAGACAAGCAGAUAACACAUUACCUUUGUAAUAUUUGUUGUACUGUUAUCAAUGGGUUAAGGGAACAGAUACAGUACUAAAAUCGUAAUAUAGUAUAACAAAUUAAAAACAAAUAAUAUCUGAUUCACCUGCUUACCUGUGAUUGGAGGUCAUGAUCGUUAACCCAUCCUCCUCUCUCCCUCGCCGCCCAAUCGCAGGCCUGUGCGCCAUCAUCUCAGUGGAGGUGAUGCGUCAGUCGGUGAAGCGGAUGAUCGAGAGCGAGGACACCAUCUGGAUCGACUACUCCUAUGCCUGGUCCUUCGCCUGCGCCUGCGCUGGCUUCUGCCUCCUCUUCCUCAGUGGCCUCGGCCUCCUCCUGCUCUCCAUGCCCCGCAUGCCCCAAAACCCCUGGGAGUCCUGCAUGGACGCUGAACAGGAAGUGGAGUAA